UUUCCCUUCCAUUCCACCCCCCUCUCUCUCUCUUCUCCACUCCAAAUCCCUUCUUACCCUAUUCCCCUCCCCCCGCAGCUUCUCUUCCUCCUGCAGUACUCGCCGCCACCACCACCGCGCCGCCGCCGCCGGCCGCGUUCCGAGACCCACUCGAUCGGAAUCCACCGCGGCGCGCCCGCGCGCCUGCGUCCUCUUCCUUCCCCGGGAGCCGACCGACCACGGCGACCAGUCGAUCUCCCUCUCCGGGCGCCAACCGCGUCUUAGCUUCAUCGAAUCCACCGCCCCACCCCGCAUCUCCUCCUCCUCCUCCGACGACGACGACUACUACUAGUCUUCUCCAAUAAGCCCCCCUCCCGCUCCCCCCGCCUGAAGAAGAAGCAGCAGCUAGCUCCGGGGAGAGGUCGACGGCGCGCCGGGUAGAUCGCGCCCCGCCCCGCCUGCGUCGCGGCUGUCGGAGCAAACGCAAACCCCCCAGGUUGUUCUAGCGUGUGCAGCGGCUAGCUGAUUGAUUGUCUUCUGUGAUAUAUCCAGAGCUCGUGUUUUGUGGUUUGUGGUUUGUGGUUUGUGCUUGGAUUGUUGAUGUGCUAAUUCGCGGCGUUACAAGAUCACUGCUGGAUUGAUAUUGAGUUGUGCCUCGGCUGUGCUAGCUGUGUGUUGAUUCUCUCCUCGUCGUGGUGAUCGAUAUGGAGAUUGUUGCAGUAGAUCAGGAGGGAGCUCGUGUUGUUGGGACGAACUGUAUGCUUGCUCGUGGUGGAACUGGUGCUGUAGCGCCAGUGUUGGAGCUGACAGCGACGCCUCGUCAGGAUGCAGCCGCUGAAGCUGGUGUAGACGAACCGGCACAACACCAAUGCGAGCAUUUCUCCAUAAGAGGGUAUGUUGCUCUUCUUCAGAAGAAGGAUCCAAAAUUCUGCUCUCUAUCUCGGAUUUUCCAUGACCAGAAAAAAUGUGAUGAACACAAAGCUAGUUCAAGCCCAUUUUCUGUAGCAAAGUUUCGACGAUGGGAUUGCUCGAAGUGCUUGGAUAAGUUGAAAACUUCAGAUAAUGGAACAGCACCAAGAACUCUUCCCGCAAAGCAGAAUGGCACAAGUGAUGGUUGCUCCAUCACAUUUGUUCGGAGCACUUUUGUGCCUGCUAGUGUUGGUUCCCAAAAAGUGUCUCCUAGCACACAAUCAUCUCAAGGGAAGAAUGCUGAUAGAUCAACUCUUCCAAAGAGUGUGCAAGAAGGCAAUGACUCCAAAUGCAAUGCGCCUUCUGGCAAGAAUGGAGCUGCUGAGGCCAAUACUGAUUCACCAAUGAAAGAUUUGCAAGGGCCAGCCCAAAAUUAUGAUGUGGCAGCAAAUGUCUCUGAGGACAACACUUCUGUUGAUGUUGGGGCUUUACCUGAAGUUCCCCAGAUUACAUGGCACAUAGAAGUAAAUGGUGCAGAUCAACCUCCAUCCACUCCAAAACUUUCUGAAGUGGUCCUCAAAAGAAAUGAAGAUGAAAAUGGAAAAACUGAAGAGACUCUUGUUGCUGAGCAGUGCAAUUUGACCAAAGAUCCUAACCCAAUGUCUGGAAAGGAACGUGAUCAGGUUGCUGAGCAGUGCAAUUUGACCAAAGAUCCGAAACCAGUGUCUGGGCAGAAAUGUGAGCAGAUCUGCAAUGAGCCAUGUGAAGAAGUUGUUCUCAAAAGAAGCUCCAAAUCUAAGAGGAAGACGGAUAAGAAGUUGAUGAAGAAGCAGCAGCACAGCAAGAAACGCACUGCCCAGGCUGAUGUUUCAGAUGCAAAGCUUUGUCGGAGAAAGCCAAAAAAGGUGCGGCUUCUAUCAGAAAUUAUAAAUGCUAACCAGGUUGAGGAUUCUAGAAGUGACGAAGUUCAUCGUGAAAAUGCCGCUGAUCCCUGUGAGGAUGAUAGAAGUACCAUCCCGGUCCCGAUGGAAGUAAGCAUGGAUAUUCCUGUUAGCAACCAUACAGUGGGAGAAGAUGGGUUAAAAUCAAGUAAGAACAAGACAAAACGCAAAUACUCUGAUGUUGUAGAUGAUGGAUCAUCACUUAUGAACUGGCUGAAUGGAAAAAAGAAAAGAACUGGAAGUGUGCAUCACACAGUUGCUCAUCCAGCUGGGAAUUUGAGCAACAAAAAAGUGACACCCACUGCGAGUACUCAGCAUGAUGAUGAGAAUGAUACUGAAAAUGGUCUUGACACAAAUAUGCAUAAGACAGAUGUCUGUCAGCAUGUAUCAGAAAUCUCCACACAGAGGUGCUCAUCAAAGGGGAAAACAGCGGGUUUGAGUAAGGGGAAAACACAUUCAGCUGCUAGUACCAAAUAUGGUGGUGAAAGCACCAGAAAUGGUCAGAACAUACAUGUACUCAGCGCAGAAGAUCAAUGCCAGAUGGAAACCGAAAACUCUGUUCUGAGUCACUCGGCAAAGGUUUCUCCAGCUGAGCAUGAUAUCCAAAUUAUGUCUGACCUUCAUGAGCAGAGUCUACCCAAGAAGAAAAAGAAGCAAAAACUUGAAGUGACUCGUGAAAAACAGACCAUGAUAGAUGACAUCCCCAUGGAUAUUGUUGAACUGCUAGCUAAAAACCAGCAUGAGAGGCAGCUUAUGACUGAGACUGAUUGUUCUGACAUCAACCGUAUUCAAUCCAAGACAACUGCUGAUGAUGAUUGUGUAAUAGUAGCUGCCAAGGAUGGUUCAGAUUAUGCAUCAAGUGUGUUUGACACUAAUUCCCAACAGAAGUCCUUGGCAUCCCAAAGUACACAGAAGGAGUUACAGGGUCAUUUGGCAUUGACCACACAAGAGUCUCCACAUCCUCAGAACUUUCAGUCUACUCAGGAACAGCAGACACAUUUGCGGAUGGAAGAAAUGGUCACUAUUGCUGCAAGCUCACCACUAUUUUCACAUCAUGAUGAUCAGUAUAUUGCUGAAGCACCAACUGAACAUUGGGGCCGUAAGGACGCAAAGAAGCUAACGUGGGAGCAAUUUAAGGCCACUACAAGAAAUUCUCCAGCAGCAACAUGUGGUGCUCAAUUUAGACCUGGUAUCCAAGCAGUUGACUUGACUUCUACUCAUGUCAUGGGAUCUUCCAGCAAUUAUGCAUCUCGCCAACCAGUAAUUGCGCCACUGGACCGCUAUGCUGAAAGAGCGGUUAACCAGGUCCAUGCAAGAAAUUUUCCAAGCACAAUAGCAACCAUGGAAGCGAGUAAGUUAUGUGAUCGGAGAAAUGCUGGACAAGUAGUCUUGUAUCCUAAAGAAUCCAUGCCUGCGACGCAUCUUCUGAGAAUGAUGGAUCCAUCAACAUUAGCAAGCUUCCCCAACUAUGGAACUUCUAGCAGGAACCAGAUGGAGUCUCAACUUCAUAAUUCUCAGUAUGCACAUAAUCAGUACAAAGGAUCAACCAGCACAUCAUAUGGCAGUAACCUGAAUGGAAAGAUUCCAUUGACAUUCGAAGACUUAUCACGGCAUCAGCUGCAUGAUCUGCACAGACCUUUACGCCCACAUCCUAGAGUUGGUGUGCUUGGCUCCUUGCUGCAGAAGGAAAUUGCAAACUGGUCGGAGAACUGUGGCACACAAUCUGGUUAUAAGUUAGGAGUGUCAACAGGAAUAACAUCGCAUCAGAUGAACAGAAAGGAACAUUUUGAAGCCCUGAAUUCUGGAAUGUUUUCAGCAAAAUGGAAUGCAUUGCAGUUGGGUUCUGUUAGCUCCAGUGCAGAUUUUUUAUCAGCGAGGAACAGCAUAGCUCAAUCUUGGACCAGAGGCAAGGGUAAAAUGGUUCAUCCCUUGGAUCGGUUUGUGAGACAGGAUAUCUGUAUAACUAACAAGAACCCAGCUGAUUUUACUACAAUCAGUAACGAUAACGAGUAUAUGGAUUACCGCUGAAGCAGAAAGUGGUGUGCAUAAUUCCUGAACAUUUACAAUCAUACAUUUCAUCUUUAUGGCGCCAAAUAGUCAUACUGUAAGAGGAGGGCUUUGCUGGAUCUGCUGUAAGGCUUCUUGUAAGUUGUGGAUGCCCCAUUUUCUGGAUGGGAACCUGCCAGACAGUGAACAAGGGCUUUGCAAGGUGCAGCAUCCGGUUUUUGUUUUGCCAGUCCAAGAAACGUCCUCCUGUUACUUUGUAGUUGUACUCAUACUAGUGCGCUUGUUUGUACAAGGAGAAAUGUGUAACCUUGUUGAAAAAAUGUCUCCCCCAUUUUGUAAUUACCAUAAGGAGGUUUAUAGUGUUGUGAGCUGUGUGUGACUGACGGCGAGAAAUGGUUUUGUCGGUGUUAAGGUUGAAACGACUAGCUCUCGUUAUCAAUGUGUUGUAAACUUCUAGAUUGAUGUGUUACCUUACUCUUGAAGUCAACACCGGAGAAUUUACAGUACUUUUUUGCCGUGCCA